AUGGGUAAAUCUGAUCAUUGUGCUGUUUGGGGCUGUGAUAAUGAUCGCAGAUAUCCUGACAAGUAUGUAAUUAAAGAACACAUUUCAGCAUUUGAUGGAUGCAAGCACAUUCGUUUUUGGUCAUGCAAAGAGAAAUUCUUCCGUACGUGGUCAAAGCUCAUCAACAGGGAGGUUAUCGACAAAACAUCUGGCAAAAAAACUCUUUUGAAAGUUGGGAAAUCAACAAAGGUUAAAAACUACCAGCACAGCCCAUCAAAGCCUUUGUCAAGAAAAAAGACUGGACCAUCCCUCCAAAUCAAACUGGAAGAUGAAAUUCUUUUAACCCUGAUGCGCAUUCAUCUGGACCCUCCAAUUGAAGACCUUGCUUUUCGAUUUAAAAUUUCUGCUAGCCAUGCAUCAAAAAUAUGUACAACCUUUUUUGUGUUGUUGGCACGAGAGCUGGAGCCACUCAUUUAUUGGCCAACACCAGAAGAAACUCUAGCAUUCAACCACCCCCACUUUUCUGGGGACUUUAACAAGGUUGAAGGCAUUGGUGAUUGCACUGAACAAAUUAUUCAAAAGUCUGCAAAUUCCAAGGCUCAGUACCAAACAUACAGCACAUAUAAGAGCAGAAAUACCCAAAAGAAAUUAAUAUUCUGUACAAAAGGAGGAUCAAUUAGUUUUGUGUCAAGGUCCUAUUCUGGCUCUGCUUCAGAUCGUUUUAUCACAGAAGACUCCAAUGUUGUGCAGAAAUUUCAUCCUGGGUUUAUUGCUAUGUUUGACAAGGGUUUCACAGUUCAGGAUAUAUUUCUUCCCAGGCAAGUUAAAGUUAAAGUGCCACCCUUCGUUCGAAGCAAAAGACAGUUUACACCCUCAGAAAUAUCUGAAUGUAAACGAAUUGCAAGAGCAAGAAUUCACAUUGAGCGUGUUAUGGGAAGACUGAAGGAAUUUAGACUACUGGAUCAUACUUUACCUCUAACCUUGUUAGAUAUAAUUGAUGAGGUCUGGUUAAUUGCAGCUGCUAUUACCAAUUUGCAGCCACCACUUGUAAAAGGACAGCCUCGUGACUAG